AUGGGGAGUAGGUGGACCACUGCAGCUGGCAGCAGCACCCAGCCUCUACAUGUAGAGGUUAACUAUCUGACCACGGCAGCCAUAGUCAAAUCCAUCCCGGAUAACGACAUCAUAAUCUACUCAGAUGGAUCCAAAUUAGAAAACGGUCAAACAGGUGGUGGCUUUGUCAGUUUCCAAGCUGGCUCCCAAUUCUUGCGUGGCUCAAUACCCCUUAGGCCCAACAAAGAAGUCUUCGACGCAGAAGCAGAAGCAGCUCUUGCUGGAUUGGAAGCUGCAAUGGCACACUCAACAGCCCAACAUGCACCAAAUCUGUGGAUAUGCCUUGAUAAUCUUGAGGUCACCAUUCAACUUCUCUCCUCAUCCAUAGGCUUUUCCCAAACCGUCUUUAAGUCGUUCAAUAUACUCGCUGAUACCUGGCUAUCAAGAAGGAGACUCCUCCAAAUUGAGGGCAGGGCAGUAUAA